AUGGUUUCUUCUUUGAAUUUCAAGCGCAAUAGGAUGGCCACUGGCCGCAGCAGAAUCCCCAGCAACUCCAUCCCUCAAGUUUUGUGUCCCGAUCCCAUUAUCAACCUCGCACAAUUGGCUGCGGUCAAGGCCCGAGAGGCUGCAGAAGCAUACUUCACGCUUCGACAUUUCGACUGUGCGAUCAUGCAGGCAAGGGCAGCCAAAGAGUUGUAUCCAGAGUUCCCUGGUAUGGACAACUACAUGGCUGCAUACCAAAUUCAUUCUGCCGUAUCACACAAGAAAAACUGGUACCAUGUUCUUGGCAUCACCAACCCUGCUGUUGCUGACUCUGAAGCCAUCAAGAAACAAUACAAGAGAUUGGCGCUUGCCUUGCACCCUGACAAGAACGGAUCUAUUGCUGCCGAUGGUGCUUUCAAGUAUGUCAAAGCAGCCCGGGAUGUUCUCUCCGACCAUGCGAAAAGAGAGUCUUAUGACAAGUCUUUAAGUCCGAGGUCUCAAGGGGCUCGUGGUUCCAAUAACCGCAAACCAGCGCAGCAGCCGAGGUCCAAUGCCUGUUCUCGCAAAAGGGCCGGCCCUGAUGCUAAUACUACCGGUGGAGAUGGGAGUUUUUACAAGAAAACCAUUAAGAUUGUAAGAAAAUCAAAUCCAGGCCAAAGGGCGACUGUUGUGAUGUUAUCAGUAUGCCGGGUGGCUUAA